AUGAUGAUCGACUCGGGUGCAUCUGUUAAUCUUCUAGAUGAAACAACCUUUCAAAGAAUUAACAGUCACGGCAGUGGAAGCCUGCAAGCUGUUCUCACCAAGAUUUAUUCAUAUGGAUCUAAAGUCCCUCUUCCUACCCUGGGAAUCCUCACUGCAACCGUGAAAUCCAGCAACGCGAGCGCCUCUGCCCAGUUGAUUGUUGUUAAAGGAGAAAACGGAAAUCUUCUCAGCUAUCACACUGCGAAGAAACUAGGCCUGAUUGCGGUUUCUCUUGAUACUGCCACCGUCACUGAGAGAAACAAAGACGACCCGGAGUCUCUAAAAGAGGAGUUCAAAUCACUGUUAGGAGGCAUAGGGAAAGUGUUAAACAAACAAGUGAAGUUACACAUAGACCCUGAUGUUACACCCCGACAGCAACCCCACAGACGAAUUCCAUUUCAUGUUAGAGACGAUGUCGAAAAAGAGCUUGAGAGACUUGAGAAACUCGACAUCAUCGAGAAAGUUGAAGGGCCCACACCCUGGAUCAGUCCAAUUGUUGUCGUCCCGAACAAAUCCGGAGAAGUUCGAAUCUGUGUUGAUAUGCGUGAGGAAAAAUAA